AUGGCGUACUACGGGCGGACGGGGGGACUGGCCGUGUCACCAACGGAUGUCGUGCGUCCUCGCGGUAUAUAUCCUGGUCACGAAGGAGAGCGGGCGCGGUUGCAUCCCACCCGGAAGCUAGACUUCGAACUCGAGUUGGCGUUCUUCAUCUCUGCACCGAUCCCGCAGGGGACAAUUGUGACUGCAAAGGACGCUGCAGAGCAUAUCUUUGGAUUCGUGCUGCUGAACGAUUGGUCCGCCCGGGACAUCCAGAAGCAUGAAAUGGCGCCCCUUGGCGUCUUUCAUUCCAAGUCUUUCCAGACUAGCAUUUCGCCGUGGAUAAUCACGCUCGAUGCCCUGAGAGGAAGCUCCGCAGGGCCUCCCAAGUCUAACCAGACGAAGAUCGAGUCGCUUCUCGUCUGUGACGAUCAGGACCAUGGCGUGUUUGAUCUAGAGCUCUCAGCAAAGGUCUCUCGAGGCGGAGCUGCAGCGGUUACGAUCUGUGAGAGCAACGCUAAGCAUGCCUACUGGUCGCCAUAUCAAAUGCUUGCUUAUCAUUCACUGUCUGGCGUUGGCGUUUCCACCGGUGACCUUCUGGGCACCGGUACUCACUCAAGCCCGAUCUCUCACGAAUCUGCAACACCAUCAACCGGUGGCUGCUUGGUUGAAGUCUUCGGCCUCGGUGAGACCCUUCCUGACGUUGGAGGACAGCCCAUGGGUUGGCUGGAGGAUGGCGAUCGACUUACUAUUGAAGCCUGGUUCAAGACCGCAGCCGGUGGCAGAGCGGGGUUUGGUCCUCUGACGGGCCUGGUCUGCCCCUCGUUGGUUGAGAGUGCGAUAUAG